AUGCAGGCAUCUGACAUGGGGAAAGGUGUGGAGGCAGACAGCGGACAAGAGAGCCGGUCGGACGAUGCCGCUGUGUACCUAAGAAGGAGGAUUGACCUGACCACCGGCACCUCACUCGUCCUCGGCACAGUGGUGGGCAGCGGCAUCUUCAUCGCGCCUAAGGGGGUGCUGGAGAACAGCGGCAGCGUGGGGGUCUCCCUGCUGGUCUGGGUACUGUGUGGAGUGCUUUCCAUGGCCGGUGCUCUAUGCUUCGCAGAGCUGGGGACGACCUUUAAGAAGUCUGGAGGACAAUAUGUAUACCUGCAGGAGACUUUGGGCCCUCUGCCUGCAUUCCUCUGCCUUUGGGUUGAAUUCAUUGUAAGCAGACCAGCUGCAACCUCCGUGGUGUCCCUGGCCUUUGGUCGCUACGUGAUAGAGCCCCUCUUUGCCCCCUGUGCCGCACCCGGGGUCCUGGUUAAGCUGGUCAGCCUGCUGGCCGUGUCCUUUGUGGUGGCAGUUAACUGCUGCAGCGUGAAACUGGCCUCCAAAAUGCAGGUCACACUCACCUUCAUCAAAAUGCUCGCCCUCAUCCUCAUCAUUGUCCCUGGCGUCAUGGCGCUGGCCAGAGGAGAAUUUAAGAACUUCAGCAAUGCCUUUGACUCUGAGUCCUUAACACUGACCAAACUCCCACUGGCAUUCUACGCUGGACUCUACGCCUAUGGUGGAUGGUCUAACUUGAAUUAUGUUACAGAAGAGAUCAUCAAUCCAAUGAGAAACAUCCCACUGGCGAUCAUUAUGUCCAUGGUAACAGUAACUGUGUGCUAUGUGCUGGUUAAUGUGUCAUACUACACGGUGAUGACUUCGACCUCGUUACUGGCAUCGGGUGCCGUAGCUAUGACGUUUGCCCACCGCUCUCUGCAGAGCAUCGCAUCCAUCAUCCCAAUACUGGUGGCCAUGUCCUGCCUGGGGUCCCUCAAUGGAAGUUUCUUUGCAGUAUCCAGGAUGCUGUUUGUGGGAGCCAGGGAAGGCCACUUCCCCGCCUUGUUCUCUAUGAUUCACAUCCGCAGAAAGACACCCCUGCCAGCGGUACUGAUGCUGUACCCGCUGGUGGUGGUGAUGUUGAUUAGAGGCAAGCUCUUCCAGCUGAUCAACUAUGCCGCCUUUUCUCACUGGCUCUUCGUUUCUAUGACAACCCUGGGAUUGCUCAUACACCGUUACAGGUUCCCCCUCCACUCCAGACCCUUCAAGGUGCCGGUAGCCGUUACUAUCAGCUUCACUGCAGUAUGUUUUUUCAUUGUGGGCAUGUCCCUGUACUCAGACCCCUGGAACACUGGAAGCAGCUGUGCAGUCACACUGUCAGGCGUGCCAGUGUACUACCUGACUGUGCACCAGCAGCGCCUACCUGUCCGCUGGAGAAUGGCCAUCCAGUCAUGCACCAAGCAUCUUCAGAUCCUAUUAGAAGUGAUCCAGCAGGAGGUCAAAACAUACUGAAGCCCUCAGAGAUAC